CUCGAUUGUCAUUUGUCAUUUUUUCACAUUUGUCAGGAUCAAGAUCAAUCUAACAAGAAUUUAACUAAUAGGUACCUAAUCUGUGGAUCAAUCCCAAAGAGUAUUUAAAUGUAUAUAAUUAUAUCAAUCCGAUCACAAAUCCGAUCAAUCAGGCAAAGAGAAUUUAUAAUAAAUCACUAUAUUUGCAAUCAGGAUCAGAAGUUUAUACUUACUACCAUGUCUUUUUUUUAAUUUGCGAAUAAAUUUCUUAUCGUAUAUAAAUCUAUUCAACUUUGUUGUCCGUAAUAAAACGAGUUAACAACGUGUGUGUGCAGUGUGAGUUGUUAAAUCAAUUGCCUUGUAUUUUGUUCUUAAAUUUAUUCUUUCACCUGUAACUUAUAAGGUUUGGAUUUGGAUUGAAUAUUGUUUUCAAAAUAAUAAUAAUUAUUGGACUCAACAUAAUUAAAAAUGAGUGAUGAUAAGCCAUCUGAAGAACAGGCUCAAACUGAGUCUCAAGUAGAAUCCUUGAAAGAAGACCAAAAGGAUAACGGAGACAGUAUCAAAUCUGAUAAAGUUAAAGUUGAUAUAUUAUUAAAAGCAACUGGUAAUGCUCCAAUCAUGAAAAAGAAGAAAUGGGCAGUGGAUGCCGAAAAGCCUAUUGGAUGGAUUAUGGAGUUUGUUAAAAAGUAUUUAAAACUAGAGGCUGAUGAAAAACUGUUUCUAUAUGUGAAUCAAACAUUUGCACCAUCUCCGGAUCAAAUUAUCAAGAAUUUGUACGAGUGUUUUGGUACUGAUGGCAAGUUAGUUCUACAUUAUUGCAAGAGUCAGGCUUGGGGAUGAAUCAACACAUUUUAGUUAAAAUGAACCAAAGUUUAAAAGAAAUCGUAUGCUGUCUCUGCAUCCGGAAUAUCCACUCCGUGGGCAACUUUGAAGUCCAAGGUUCUUUUCACUGCCCCUCCGAUGCCAUCGGCGGCCCCUUUUCCGUGUGAUGCCUCAAAAAACGACCAAGCGGCACUGUUGAAUCCAUACCGAAGUUAUUAUUAUUUAAUAAACAGAAGUCUGUUUUCUGUCGAUAUUGUGACGUUGGGCCGUCGAAGAAAAAAAGAAAGGUAUCUACUUCUAGACAACGAAGCUUAAUAUACUUUAUUAUAGGUACGAGGUGUGCCCAAAUAGCUUCUGGUGAAAUUGAGCAAAAUGAGACUGGUUUUUGGGUAUCUUUGAGACAAAAAACUCCUGUGUGCAAAGUUAUUUUUUUUUUGAGGAUCCAAAAUGCAUUGCUUGUACUUCUUUAUUAUGUUUGCAUACCCAGUUUUCUGAAAAAUCGACGUGCAUGACAAUUUUAUUUGAUUUUAGGUCUUUUAUGCAUGUUUGGUACUGAUGGACAACGUUAAAUGUAUGUGUCUUAGAUUUUUUCAUCUCAAAAUUAAAUAAUUUUAUUGUAUUAACUCUUUCACUGUGCCGUAUUUCUUAAUUUUCACCAUGCUCCUCCUAGCUUCUUCCUCCAUUUUCCAAGUUCUCUUCUUUAGGUAAUCUGCUUAAAACUUGAUCAAUAGGAUGUAUACCCGUUUUCCGGAAUCCUGAUAUAAUAUUGUUUUUACUAUUAUCACUAAGAUCGUCCAUUAGUUUUUUUAACAGACUAGGAAAACAUCCUUUUGGGAUAGAUGUGUGUUGCUUCCCGUCUGUUUUCUUCCACUUGAGCAUUAUGUUUCGCCAAGCAAUUUUCAUCGGUCGGAAAAAUGCCACAUCAAGAGGCUGAGUAAGAUGUGUACUAUUAGCUGGUAAAAAAGCAAAGUGUAUAUUGUGCUUCUCACAGAUCUCGAUUACCUCGAAAGAAAUAUGUGAUGCUAGGUUGUCGCCAAUGAGAAUUUUUUUUCCCUGGUGUGUUUUCAAAGUAAGGCAGUAUGAGGGUCUUGAUCCAGUCCUCAAACAAAUCUGCAUUGAACCAUCCCGAUUCUGUACGAUUGUAUCAAGCUCCAACAGGUCCGUUUACAGUCCACGAGUCAUAUAGAUUUUGGGCUUUGAAUAAAACAUAUGGUGGUAGCAAAGACCCGUCGGCGGCAGCGGCCAUCAUUAUUGAGAUUGAAGCCUUUGAGUGAUUCAUUACUCUUUCCGGGUACUUCGUGCCUCUUUUCACUAAAAUUUUCUUUCGUCCUGGGUCAUCUGUUAAAUUUGUCAUAGUCAUAGUUUAUGGUGUUAGCUGGUUUAAUCCCUGUUAAUGAUUUUUCAAGUACUUCGAAGUAUUUUUUUAUAUUUUCGGGCGUAACUCCUGCCCUGUUCCUUUUAAUAUUCUGGCUGAAUCGCUCCGAAAUGAGAUCUUUGUGACGUUGAAGGAAACUACGUACAAAUUCUGGUCCUGGUAGAUUAUUUUUGAACUUCAAAACCAUUCUGCCCAAUCUAUCCAAAUAACCCUUGACCUUAAAUCUAGGCCAUCAAAGGGGUAUCCCCAAUCGGCACAUAGAUUUAUGUAUCUUAUCAUGUAGAGUUCAACAUCAUCCGAUAAAACAGUUUGUCCUCCUUGUUUUUUUAAAGUUCUUGUACAGUUUCUAUACAGAACAGACUUGUCUAUCUUGUACUUUUCAGCUAUAGCCUUACUGUAUGCCUCGACGGCUUCAUUAAUGAGCUCCUGACUAUACUUUUUAUAUCUUUUACCGGUGGGGUCCGGUUUAUAAACACGUGGCAUGUUGGAAUACACCUGGAAUAAAAUGUGUUUGAUAAGUAGGUAGUUCCAUAAUCAGUAGAAACCUAACAGGUUUUUACCAAGGAAAUUUCCCCGAUAGAAAUUAUGAGUCUAAUAAAAAACCUUCCUCGGCAGGCAGAGGCAAUAAAUACUUCAUACAAUAAACACUUCAUAACAAUCAAGUGAGCAGUUUAACAAAUCAUAUGAGUCAAACAAACAAUAUUUUUGUAAAAGAUAAUUAUGUGGCAGCCCUAACACCCUCAUUUCUAUUAACCCAAUUCUCAUUUCUAUUUACCCCAUUACCGUUUCCAUUCGCCCCGUACAUCGUAUCUAUUAACCCCUUAUUGCGUUUCUAUUAACCAAUAACCAUAUUCCUUUGUCUUGGAUUACAAUUUUGCAUAUUUAUUAGAAUCGUAGGUAAGUAUAAUAAUAAAUUUGUACUUACCUUCUCAUUUGAAUGAAUCCAGAAUAACUGUGGAACAAUACUAUCCAGGCGUAUUAACACAGAACCGUUUUUGUAUCGAAUAAACACAAAGUUUAUGACUAAAGUUUUAGGCACUGGUCGACUACGAUGACUCGAAAUGAUUUUUUUUCAAUCUGUGACUAACUUCAUUGCAAAUCAGUGUUGCCAGUUAAGGAAAAAAACUACUACAGUUAGUAAAAAAAUACAGUUUAUGGUAGUUUUUCUUCUAAAAUGCUUAAGAUAACCCUUCGAAUAAUUUCUUUGAUUUUGUUGCCAUUCACCUCUACGUUUCUAUUCAAACCAUUCUACGGUAUCCAGAUACCUAACGGGCGGUUGACGAUUCCUAGAGGCGCGCGGGGCUGCCGCAUUGCUUUGCGCUAUAUCCGCUAUACCCGCUAUAGUGUACACAUUUCUUACUUUUUCAUUGGGCUCUGAUAGCUGUUUUGUGUACUUGUAAAUUCUAAUUUGAAGGUAUUUUAUGGCAAUUGCUUUGAUUAAUAGAACUUUAUGAUCAUCUAGAGGAGAAUAUCGUAAAAAAUACCAUGUUCUUUAAAUAACUCUUUCCCUAUUAUACAGUGGCGAAUACAUUGAUUCAUUAAUUGUAGUAAAAGAUUAUAUCGUGUAAGUAGAUUACUGCCAAAUUGUGUUAAAUUGUUCAUAAAAACUUUUUCAGCAAUUUCACAAACGACGAUUACAUCAGCGGAAGGAUAAUGCAGACCGCCUUUAUCCUUUUUUACAAAUAUUUGUUUUUAAGGCAGUAUUAAUUAAUCAUUGACAUCAAACAAUUUUCACAUUUCAUCAUCUUUGCUACUUUUGUUAUAAUAAAACCAGAAAUAUGUAGGUAUAAUUAUCUGCUUAGAAAAUUCUGUAUACCUACCUGAAAACCUACUAGUGAAUAACAAGUUUGUAAAACUUAAGCUUAAUAAAUUUCUAGACUUACCGGCAUCCAAUUUUUCUUUUUUUGAUAGAUAGUUGACCCCCAAACCUGGAAUAACUGCUGGCAAACGUCUUCCCAAGCGUUGGAUUUGGCAAUAGUGUCUGAGUAUUCUUUUAAGUUUUUAUUGUAUAACAAUGGUCUUGCUUCCACUUCUUCAAUCAGUCUAUUAUUAUCGAUAUCAUCUUAUGUAACGGACAUUUUUCUCGUAUUCUGUCUUACUAGACAGACUACGAAUAAAAACUACUGUGUACGAGUACGAGAAUAAAUACGUUGACAAUAAAUACGUACUAUCGCUGCGCCGGUUUAGCGGCAACUGCAAAGAAUACCUACUUAUACUCUAAAAAGAGAAUAAGCGCCACUGCGAACAAAAAAAUGUACUCCUACGUUAUCUGUCAAUUUUAGUUUCUGCGAAGUAGGGACAGACUGCGCUACUGUCGCAAUGUAAAUUUUUGGCGGGAAUUUAGAAAUUCUACCAUUCUGUUUUUGGCGGCAAAUUUAAAGGGCCAUAGGGAUCCAAUAAAUUCAAGUUUUAUUCCUUCAUUCAUUUUAUUUCGAGCAACAUCAAGUGCAUUAAAUUACGAAGUUUUGAAGAAUAAAAUGUAGGCCAAACUGCACUAUCUUGCUCGAAACAAUAUGAAUGAACGUUUGCCAGACUGCUUCAAUAAAAUAAAAUAAUGAAAUUUAAGAAAAUCUUCGUAUUA